AUGAGAUCAACCAAAACCGGACCUCUCUUGACCCAGGACGAGGCCCGCGUCUCGAGCGGUUACCAAACUCUUGACCCAGAGACGCAAUCUGUCGGAUCCGACGGCGAUGAGACGCAGAGCUCGUCGACGCUCACCUUGCCAUGCGGCUCUGGCCCUGACCAGCUCGAUGAUCAGACGCAGCGGUUGCCGUUUCCGCGACUGAUGGCCGCCUAUCUCUGCCUCUGUCUGUGCUACUUCAUCUCCUAUCUAGACAUGAACGCCGUCACCACGUCUCUGCCAACUAUAUCCGAUGCCCUGCAUGCCGGCCCGGGCAUCACCUGGGUCGGGACAGCCUACCUCUUGGGCCAGACGUCCUGCCAGCCCCUUUACGGCCGGAUAUCGGACAUCAUUGGCCGCAAACCCAUCCUGUUGUUUUCCGUCGGCUGCAUCAUCGUCGGCGACAUUCUCUGCGGAUUCGCCCAGACGCCCAUCUGGCUGUAUACGUCCCGGGCCGUAGUUGGCAUCGGCGGAGGCGGAAUCAGCUCCCUGGUUGCCAUUAUCGUCAGCGACCUGGUCAGCCUCCGGUCGCGCGGAAAGUACCAGGGCAUCAUCAGCCUCGCCAUCGGCACCGGCGCCGCCUCGGGGCCCUUUGUGGCCGGUGGCCUGAUACAAACGGGCGCCGGUGGCUGGAGAUGGGUGUUUUGGGUGCCUUCCAUUGCCGCCGCGUGCUGUUUCGGCCUCCUCGUGUUUCUCUUGCCGCUCAAGCCCGUGUCUGGAAACUGGAAGGACAAGGUGGGCAAGAUUGACUGGCUGGGCGUGGUGGUUUCCGUCGCGGGAAUCGUGCUGAUCAUGAUACCUCUAAACUCGGGGGGGAGCAUGUGGCCCUGGGAUAGUGCUGAGACCAUCUCGACACUGACGGUGGGUGUUGUUUUGGUGGUUGGAUUCAUCGCCAUCGAGGCUUUUGUGGCCAAGAUGCCCAUUAUCCCGCUGCGCCUUUUUAGACAUAGAUCGUCUUCGCUCCUCCUUGUUAUGGGCAUACUUCAUGACUUCGUUUGGCAGGCGACCCAGUACUUUAUACCUCUUCAUCUCCAGACAGUCCGCGGCUAUACGGCCUUGCAGAGCGCCACGAUUAUUCUGCCAUUUCUCCUCGCGCAAGGCCUGGCCGGCGCCGCUUCUGGGCCGGUCAUGUCUAAACUGGCCAGAUACAGCCCUGUCCUACGCACGGGAUUCCUGCUUUGGACACUUGGGUGUGGCCUACAGCUCUUGUUUAAUCUACACACUUCCACAGGCACCUAUGUAGUUGUUCUGGCCAUUGAGGGAGCCGGCGUGGGUUGGGUACACCAACCGGGUCUUGUGGCGCUGCAAGCCAACUGUAGGGAUGAGGAUCGUGCCGUCGCCACGGGAACUCGCAAUGUUCUACGAUCGCUGGGCAGUGUCUUUGGAGUCGCCGUGUCGACAUCUGCAUAUUACGCGGUAUUGGACAAGGCCUUGCGUCGCUCGGUGCCAGACUCGCUUCGCGUGCGUGUCUUGAACGGUACGUGGCGCAUAGGCGAGACGGGCACGGAGCGCUUCGAGUCGGACAUCUUGAACGCGCGCAUGCAAGGAUUUCGAGUCGUCUUCAUCGUGCUAGUGCCCCUUAUGGCUGUGUGCCUACUCGCCAGCUUCUUUGUCGCCGACGUGGUUCUUACAGGCGACGCAGAGAAACAAGAACCCAAGGAGACGGAUGAGGAGAGUCCGUCAGACGAUUCAACCAUGAUGCCAAGACCAGGUGUAUCCGGUAUCCUGCAGGCUGUGAGAGGCCAAGAACAGCGUCAAGAUUAA